UGUACACUAUAGAAAUGCCGCGUAUUUGUCUGCUUGCUUUGAUCGGCCUGCCGGGCGCUGGCAAGACGACUCUUAGCAAGUGGCUAAUGCAGCAGCAGCCAGACUUACUGACUGGCUGGCAUGUGUUGCAUUUGUGCUACGACGAUUACUUCGAUAUACAACCUACAAACAAGAUAGAAUACAAAGAGCAACGACAGUUUAUAUACAAUUUGCUGGAGCAACUCAUUGUGGCUCUACAAGCAGGCAAGGCCGAGCUGCCAGGACGGGUACGAGGCUCAGCGGCGACAACUAACAGCUGCAAUCAUCUAAUAAUAUGCGAUGAUAAUCACUAUUAUCGCAGUAUGCGCUAUAAACUGUAUCAACUAAGUCGCAAUCAGAAUUGCUUAUAUGCCCAGCUUUAUCUGGCUAGCAGCUUGGAUGACUCUCUGCUUGCAAACGCGAAGCGUGGAGCCAAUGGAGCAUUGCCACCUGCGGUAGUACAGCAAAUGGGUAUGAGGCUUGAGCCACCAAGUGAAUCUUUAGCUUGGGAGCAACUUACAUUAACACUUAAUAGCACAAUAGAUUUUAAUGCAGUAGCAGAAAUAAUUCACAACUUUUUACAAACUUUACUCAAUAGCCCAUUAAUUGUUACGCCUGCACAGCAGGAAAAGCAACCGCAAUUGCAAUCGCUGACCCAUCAAUUGGAUUUAAAGUUGCGUGCGCGCAUUCAGAAUCAAAUGAAGUCCAACAAAGUCGAAGAAACGCAACAACAGCCAGAGCUACGUCUACGAAGUCGUGCCCUAAACGAACAACGCAAGCAGAUUUUAACACAAUUUCGUUUUGAUAUGCGCAGCGGGCAAAUGGAAUUUUCUAAUGAUAAAUUGGAAUACUAUGUUAAUAUGUUAAAGUAAUCUAAUGAAAUAAGCGUUAACUGUUUAAACAUUGUACAUAUAAAUAUAAUUGCUAUAGUCUAGUACAUUAAACAA